AGCAGCAUAUAAAGCAAAACGUUUUUUUUAGUUUUUUUUUAGAUAAAGCAAAACGUUUUUUGUCUAUUGACUUUUUGCUUACCCCGUUUGCCCAAUUUCAAGUAGCUAACUUUAGGAACAAUGCCGAAAGUCGUCUCACGAAGUGUUGUUUGUUCAGACACCCGAGAUCGAGAGGAAUACGAUGACGGAGAAAAGCCUCUUCAUGUUUAUUAUUGUCUGUGCGGGCAAAUGGUGUUGGUUCUCGACUGUCAACUGGAGAAACUACCGAUGCGGCCACGAGACAAAGCAAGAGUAAUAGAUGCUGCCAAACAUGCACAUAAGUUCUGUAAUGUAGAAGACGAUGAGAAUGUUUACAUAAAAAGGGCAGAGGGGAUUGAAAGGCAGUAUCGCAAGAAAUGUGGAAAGUGUGGCCUACUUCUUUUCUAUCAACACCAAAUUAAGAAUACUCCAGUUACAUUCAUCGUUGAUGGAGCUGUUGUCAAGUUUGGCCUUGGGAUUGGGAAUACCAGUGUCUACAGUCAAAAGCCAGAGGCUCCUAAAAAAGUCAGGGUAAUGAUGACAAAAAGGACCAAAGACAUGGGGAAAUUCAGCUCUGUCACCGUGUCUACCGUUGAUGAGGAGGAAGAGGAAAUUGAGGCGAGAGAAAUUGCUGACUCGUAUGCCCAGAAUGCUAAAGUGAUUGAGAAGCAGUUGGAAAGGAAGGGGAUGAGCAAGAAGAGACUACAAGAGCUGGCUGAACUGGAGGCAAAGACAACCAAGAUGAAAGGCACCCUCAUCGAUAACCAGUUCAAAUAGUGGGAUGUGAGAGAAGCAGGACAGUUGUACAUACUUUUUAACUCAAAUGUACAUAGAGAUUUGCACUCUAUGGCCCCUUUGAAAUGUAUUAUGAAGCAUUUUGGCUAUGUUUUAUAUACUGUAAGAAAAUGUAUGUUGAUUUAGAAUUAAAUGUGGAGCAGUGACAUACAGUAAUGUUAUUUUGAAUUUGAUUUGUCUAUUCAGCUGAGAAAUAAAAUGUGCUUGAAUUAAGUA